AUGUUGGCUCGCAAGAGUAUCAUCCCUGAAGAGUAUGUGCUGGCACGGAUCGCUGCCGAGAACCUGCGCAAGCCACGCAUCCGUGACCGCCCGCGCAAAGCCCGCUUCAUCGCCAAGAACGGCGCCUGCAACCUGGCCCACAAGAACAUCCGUGAGCAGGGGCGAUUCCUGCAAGACAUCUUCACCACCCUGGUGGACCUGAAGUGGCGUCACACGCUGGUCAUCUUUACCAUGUCCUUCCUGUGCAGCUGGCUGCUCUUUGCCAUGAUGUGGUGGCUGGUGGCCUUCGCCCACGGCGACAUGGACCCGAGCACAGAAAACCCUUCGAACAGCACAAAGUGGACGCCGUGUGUGACGUGUGUCAGGUCUUUCACCUCCGCGUUCCUCUUCUCCAUCGAAGUCCAGGUGACCAUUGGCUUUGGGGGCAGGAUGAUGACCGAGGAGUGUCCCCUGGCCAUCACGGUCCUGAUCCUGCAGAACAUUGUGGGGCUGAUCAUCAAUGCUGUCAUGCUGGGCUGCAUAUUCAUGAAGACGGCGCAGGCUCACCGGCGGGCCGAGACGCUGAUCUUCAGCCGGCAGGCGGUCAUUGCCGUUCGCAACGGCAAGCUCUGCUUCAUGUUCCGGGUGGGGGACCUGAGGAAAAGCAUGAUCAUCAGUGCCUCAGUGAGAAUCCAGGUCGUGAGGAAGACCACGACCCCUGAAGGAGAAGUCAUACCCAUUCACCAAGUGGAUAUCCCCGUCGAUAAUCCCAUUGAAAGCAACAACAUUUUCCUGGUGGCUCCCUUGAUCAUUUGUCAUGUCAUAGACAAGCGGAGCCCUCUUUAUGAUAUCUCUGCUUCCGACCUGGCGCUCCAGGACCUGGAGCUCAUUGUGAUCCUGGAAGGGGUCGUAGAAACCACCGGCAUCACGACACAGGCGAGAACCUCCUACGUGGCAGAGGAGAUCCUGUGGGGUCACCGCUUUGUGCCCAUCGUCACCGAGGAGGAGGGUGUGUACGCUGUCGACUACUCCAAGUUCGGUAACACCGUCAAAGUGGCUGCGCCGCGCUGCAGUGCCCGGGAGCUCGACGAGAAGCCGUCCAUCCUCAUCCAGACCCUGCAGAAGAGCGAGCUGUCCCACCAAAACUCCCUGAGGAAGCGCAACUCCAUGAGGAGAAACAACUCCAUUCGGAGGAGCAACUCCAUGCGGAGAACCAACUCCUCGCUCAUCGUGCCCAAAGUGCAGUUUAUCACGCCCGAGGGGAGCCAGAGUGCCUCAGAAACGUGAUGCACAGCUUUGUGCUAGGGCACUGGGCUUCAGAAGGAGGAGGCACCUGUGGUGUUUUGCUUCAAUUUUCUUUUACUUAAAAA